UUAGCAACAAGAUUUUUGUUAUGUAUGGAAGCAGACAAUCUCGAAAAAAUUCUUGACAGCCAAGUUUUAGAGCAGGGUAAGAGAGAAGAACUAAUUGCAGUGGCAAAACUUGCACAAAGGUGCUUAAAUUUGAAUGGGAAGAAAAGGCCAUUGAUGAAAGAAGUAGCUGCAGAGUUGGAGAUUAUUAAAAUAUCUCAAACACAUUCGACUGCAUCUGAUACUAAAUAUCAAGACAUACAGUUGCGCAAAUCCAAAGCGAUAUUGGUGUCGAAUGAUGACUACACAUGGACAAGUACCUCUGACAAUAUCAUCCCAUCAUCAGACGCACGUCCCCUAAUGAUUCACACUGCUUGAUGCAUUCUCUGAUUUCUAAACAAUUUCCUUGUUUGUUGAAUAAUAAAUGCUUUUGUAAUAGUUUAUUUAAACACCUAAAUAACAUUUGGCCAAGAUUUUUGUAAUAUCAAUACAGGGAUCAGACUUUUUCA